AUGGAGAUAAAUUUAGGGGGUCUCCCUUUCGACGUAGACUUUCAUCCGUCUGAUUCUCUUGUUGCCACUGGCUUAAUCAAUGGUUACCUACUGUUGUAUCGUUAUGCCGCUGAGGCAGAACCACAACGCUUGCUGAAAGUUCGUGCCCACAAGAAGUCGUGCAGAGCUACCCGUUUUAUCAACGAGGGAUGCGCUAUUGUGACAGGAUCCCCGGAUUGCUCAAUUCUUGCCACUGAUGUUGAAACUGGAGCAAAGAUGGUUCACCUUGAGAAUGCUCACACAGCUGCAGUCAAUAGGAUAAUCAAUUUGACGGAAGCAACCAUUGCCUCAGGGGACGAUGCAGGAUUUGUCAAGGUAUGGGAUACCAGGCAACAAACCUGUUGUAACACUUUUCAAGUCCACAACGAGUACAUAUCAGAUAUGGCUUUUGUCUCAGAUUCGAUGAGACUUUUGGCUACAAGUGGAGAUGGUACUCUGUCCGUGUGCAGUAUCCGGGGUAAUAAGGUCCAAGCACAAUCUGAAUUUUGUGAGGAUGAACCACUUUCUCUUUCCAUAAUGAAGAAUGGAAGGAAAGUUAUAUGGGGGACACAAACUGGGACUUUGUUGUUAUAUUCAUGGGGAUUCUUCAAAGAUUGCAGUGACCGGUUCGUUGAUUUGAGUCCAAACCCAGUAGAUGCUCUCUUGAAGUAUGAUGAAGACAGACUCGUUGCUGGAUCAUCUAAUGGGAUCAUCAGUUUGGUAGGCAUAUUACCCAACAGAAUCAUUCAACCCAUUGCUGAGCACUCAGAAUAUCCAGUUGAGCGUCUUGCUUUUUCACAUGAUAAAAAGCUCCUUGGAAGUAUAUCUCAUGAUAACAUGUUGAAGUUGUGGGACAUGGAUGAGUUACUACAAGGUUCCAGCACAGCGACGAGAAAUAACACAGCUGCAUCAGACAGUCAUAGUGAUAGUGAUAACGACGGGAUGGAUGUUGAUUCUGAUCUUGCAAAUGCUUCCAGAGGUACCAAGACGAAGAACACUGGUGGCAACAACGGGAAAACUUCUAGCAGUUCCUUUGGCAGCUUUUUCGAAGUGCUCCACGUGCAGCACAUGAUUCCCUUCAUUUACCUUAAUUUUGUCUCUUUUUCUCUUUCCUCUGUCAAUUUGUUCCUCAUAACCUGGUUGCUUAUCUUCCUUCUCUAUCUCCCCAUUUUCGAUUUCUCUUCUCGCCCUUUCUUGCAUGCUCCCAAUUUCCACCUCUCUUCUCACCCCUUCCUACAUGCUCCCAAUUUCCACCUACUCGAUCUGAUAAAAAAUGGAAGAUACAGAAGGCAAGGAUGCACUACAGACACAUCUUGCCCAGAAUCAGAUCUAAGUCUCUGGCUGCAAGGUUUUUCAGUUUACAAGGAUGAUGAUUUUAUUUUUGAUUUCGUUCUUUUUCCCGUCAAUUUUCAGAUCCAAUUAUCGAUUAUUGAAGUCUACUGGUGGAAAUCAAAUAUUUCUGGUGAUGAACACAUCUGGGUCACGUUAAGAGCAAGGGAACACUUAAUGAUGCAUCAGAACCUUGUAAAGUUAUAUGGGUGUUGCAUUGAUGGGGAAAAGCGUUUAAUUGUUUACGAGUACUUGGAGAACAAGAGUAUUGAUAAAGUCUUGUGA